AUUUAUUUUAAAAAACGCAAAUGAUGAUGAUGUAGAUGCUCUGACAAACUCUAACUAAGCCCUCGCCAAUCCAGAAUCGGUGAAAUCCUCUCCGUCACCGUCUCCUCGGAAUCCCUCUUCGGCUCCCCCAAACCGAUCCUCAAAUUAUUCUCGAUCAAGAUAGUUGCAGUUAUGUCGUUAGAGAAGGAAGCUUCAAGCUCCAAAGAGAAACGCAGACUAUCGUGCACUGCUCACUUUGAUGCCCUCUGGUUCUGCUACUCCCCAGUUCAUCAAAUGCAGCAGUAUUACAGGCUUGGUGUUCUUGAUAAUUGUUCUGGUAAAUGGAAAGCAAUGGUUGACUGCUUAAUGCUCAAGACCAAACCCAAUUCUCAAGUCGAGGAAAUCCUCGAAGCUCAAGAGAAAUCAAAGCCACACAUCUGGAAUUUCAGAACACGAUAUGAAGCUUCACAAUACUGGCAAAAACGAUAUGGUCAUUUAGAUAGGCCUGAAUGAGGAAAAUCCUUGUGUGCAUAUAAAACACUUUUUGCUUUCUGAUUUUAUUCGUGUUUUAGAGAAAGAAACUUUUAGAGACCAAAUAAAGUUUAUAUCAAAUUGAAGGUGCCAGAAAGCUAGAUUUUCAUUAUUUUUUAUGGAACUUUCACAUUGAAUUUUGAAUUGAGAAGACUUAGCAUAUUAGUUUUCUGUUAGCAAUAAUGUUUUAAAAUUGUGCCAACAUUCAUUUUCAUGUGUUUUUUCUGUAAUGAAACUAUUUUUCACUGUAUUGACUGCUUAAA